AUGUCAGUGCUGACCCCUGUCCUGCAGCCCCCGGAGGUGAAGGAAUACCUGUCCAAGGGCGAGCGCUUCAUCAAAUGGGAUGAUGAAACAGCCAGUGCUUCUCCUGUGAUUCUUCGAGUGGAUCCAAAGGGCUUUUACUUAUACUGGACCUAUCAGAAUAAAGAGAUGGAAAUUUUGGAUAUAACCAGCAUCCGAGAUACUAGAGUGGGGCGAUUCGCCAAAAUCCCCAAGGUCUCCUCUGUGCACAUCCAGACUACG